GCGCUCGAUGCCGUCGUGGAGGCGGGGGUGCAGCAGCUGUCCAAGGGCAAGGGCGACAAGGCCAAGGACAAGGCCAAGGACAAGGCCAAAGACAAGGCCAAGGACAAAGCAAAGGACAAGGGCAAGGACAAGGACAAAGACAAAGAGAAGGACAAGGACCAUGACAAGGAUCAGAACAAGAACAAGGACCACGGCGACCGUCGCGGCACCGAACGCAGUGGCAAGGAGAGCGCCGGCGACCGCGAGCGCGACCAGCGACGACGGGACGACGCGGCCGACGACCGCAAGCGGCGCUCGCGCUCGGAGAGCUCGAGCCGCUCCGCGCGCCAGCAGCGGCGGCGCCAGGAGUCGCCGCGGCGGGACGUGAGCAGCGCUGGCGGUCGGCAGGGCCACCUGGCUGGCGACCGUGGCUCGUCCAGCCGGGCGCUGCUGCGCGACGGCGGCGAGCGGCGCAGGACGCCGCCCCGGCGGGGCAGCCGGAGCGCGGAGCGCCGCCCCCGCAGGGGCAGGAGCUCGCCCAGCCCGCCCAGCCCGCCGCGCGCCGCGGAGGCCAAGCCCGAGGCGAGCGCGGCGCCGCGCCGCGCGGUGAGCCCGCCCUACGCCCCCGGCUCCGUGGAACUGCGCCGGCUGGAGGCUGCCAGGGCCGAGGUGGCCCAGCUCACCGCCAGCGGCCAGGCCGUGCCCGCGUGGCUGGUGGCCCAGGUCGCACACGGCAGCGCAGCGGCGCUGGAAGCGCAGGCCAGGUACGGAGGCUCGGCCGCCUGCACGCCGGAGGCGGAGGCGGCGAAGGCGGAGGCCUCGGAGAAGUGGAGGGCGGAGCGCAGGGCGCAGGUGGAGGAGGCGAAGAAGAAGGCGCCGCCGCCGCCGUGGAUGGCGGCGGCCGCGCUCUUCGGGCCAAAGGGGGCCAGGAGGGCGGCGGCGCUGCCGGAGAGCGCGGGCGCCGACGCGCCAGACGGCUCGAGGGCGUCGGGCUCCUCGGCCGAGGGGGGGCAGAAGAAGAAGCUGGACCUCGCCGGCCUCUCGGCGCUCACGCGGAGCAUCGCAGAGGAGCGGAGCAAGCUGCAGCUGUUCGUCAUCAAUUCGAAGGAGGAUGCCGCGGAGAAGAAGGCGGCCGGCGGCGACGGCCUGGGCGGCACGGACGAGAACGAGUACUUCUCCGCUGUGCCAGGCGACGAGUUCGGCCCGUCGCGCCAGUUCCGCGUAGAGGCCGGCAUCGGGCGCGGGGUGUUCUCCAGCGUGUUCCACUGCCGGGACACCAAGGCCACCCCCAGCAAGGACUACGCGGUGAAGUUCAUCCGCCGGAAUACCAUGAUGCGACGCGCUGCGGAGAAGGAGGUGGAGAUGUACCGCAAGCUCGCCAAAGGAGGGGAGAAAGACGACCCAGAGGGUGCCCGUUUCUUGAUCAUCCUGGCAGGGUGCGGGACAUUGGAGCACCAUGGGCACUUGUGCAUGUUCUUCGAGCUUCUCAAGUGCGACAUGCGCUAUGCACUGCAGAGGUAUGGGCAGGGCGGAGGGCUACCCUUGCCGGCCCUCAUGCAGUACACUCGGCAGGUUUUUCUCGGGCUUCGAGCUUUGAGAAAGAUGAAGGUAGUGCAUGCCGACCUCAAACCAGAUAACAUACUGUUGACUCUCAAUCGGGCAGAGGUGCGCAUAUGCGAUUUCGGCAGCGCCAUGGACUCGUCGGAGCAGGUGAAGACAGCCUAUGCGCAGCCGCGCUACUACCGAGCCCCCGAGAUCAUGUGCGGCCUUCCGUACGACACCCAGAUCGACCUGUGGAGCGCUGGGGCAACUGUAUUCGAGCUGGCUACAGGUCGCAUCCUUUUCACAGGCACGACGAACAAUCAGAUGCUGCGGCAGUUCCUCGACGUGUGCGGCGGCUUCCCCAAGAGGAUGCAGACGGACGGGGAGGCUUCGAAGAAGCACUUCGAUGGCAGGGGGGGCUUUCUGCACAGGGACAAGGACUCCAUGACCGGGGAGCCCAUCGUCUUCAACUGCUCGGAGACGGUCAGACCGCACAGGCCUGUGCUCGGCCUGCUUCAGGCCGCGCUCGCGACGCCUAGGGACGGCAUGGAGGCGUCGGUGCACGAGGCGUGGGUGAAGCAGCUCGCAGACCUGCUGGGCAGAUGCUUGCAGCUCGACGACAGGGAGAGAUUGCAGCCAGCGGAGGCUCUGGAGCUGCCGUUCUUCAAGAAGGACAGGUGA